CUUCCCCCCGGCCUCCCCACACCGCUUUCCAACUACAUAUUUGGGCCGCCCUUCCCGGGGGAUCGAGAUCCCUGACCCGCCUCUGGAAGGGGCGGAGGAAAUAGUGGUAGGGACGAUCUCUUUGGGAGCUGACGCUCGAGCCUUCACGACCCAUUCGGAUUCGUCUUGGACUCGGAAAUAGAGCUAGGAGGAAGGGGACCUUUUUCAGCACUUGGUCUCCGAGGCUGCCAAGAAGACCUGUCUUCUUUGUUUUUUUAAGUCUAGAGAAAUGGACGAAGACGGUGAAGUCAGUUGAAGCCUGAAGAAAUCAGCAGGGCAUUUUGAAGGAGCUUCAUAAAGACCUUCAUUUCUCGGCACAUUGUUUCAGCAGCCCUGCACCGCCCCGACGCUGGUGUGGAAUUCUUCUUUGGUGUGUGGUAGCAUUGACCCCCCAAUGUGGACUCCAAAGGGUUGGUCCCUUCUUUGUAAUUUGAAAUGAAAUGAUGGCCACUCAUCGGACUGGUCUGCGGGAGGGAGAUGGUGACAAGCUGAAGGCCUGCGGGUCCCCCGCCUGUGAGGUAGCAAAAAGUAAAGAUGGAAAAGAACAAAGUGAAACUGUAUCACCAUCCGAGGAUGAAACUUUUUCCUGGCCAGGUCCCAAAACGGUUAUGUUGAAAAGAACAUCGCAAGGCUUUGGUUUUACAUUACGGCAUUUUAUUGUUUAUCCUCCAGAAUCUGCGAUUCAAUUUUCAUUUAAGGAUGAAGAAAAUGGCAAUAGAGGAGGAAAACAGAGAAACCGCUUGGAACCAAUGGAUACCAUAUUUGUGAAACAGGUGAAAGAAGGAGGGCCUGCUUUUGAAGCUGGGCUAUGCACAGGUGACCGAAUUAUAAAAGUCAAUGGAGAAAGUGUUAUUGGAAAGACCUAUUCCCAAGUAAUUGCUUUAAUUCAGAACAGUGAUACAACAUUAGAACUUAGUGUUAUGCCAAAAGAUGAAGAUAUUCUCCAAGUGCUACAAUUUACAAAGGAUGUCACAGCUCUGGCAUAUUCUCAGGAUGCCUACCUGAAAGGCAACGAAGCCUACAGUGGCAAUGCCCGCAACAUACCUGAACCACCACCAGUUUGCUAUCCUUGGCUGCCAUCUGCCCCUUCAGCCAUGGCACAGCCCGUUGAAAUAUCUCCUCCAGACUCAUCUUCGAACAAACAGCAGACCAGUACACCAGUACUGACACAACCUGCCAGGGCUUAUAGAAUGGAAAUACAAGUGCCUCCAUCACCAACAGAUGUUGCAAAGUCAAACACAGCAGUGUGUGUUUGCAAUGAAAGUGUAAGGACUGUCAUUGUGCCUUCUGAGAAGGUUGUAGAUUUGUUAACUAAUAGAAACAACCAUACAGUUCCUUCACAUAGAACUGAAGAAGUGAGGUAUGGCGUAAAUGAACAGACCUCUUUAAAAAAUGUGUCAAGAACCACAUCACCAUCAUCAUCAAUUCCCACUGCCCACCUAAUUCAGCAGACAACAGGUGCCAGGUCAUUGGAGCCUUCUGGAAUUUUACUUAAAUCUGGCAAUUACAGUGGACAUUCAGAAGGAAUCUCAAGCAGUAGACCUCAAGCUGUGGAUUCUCCUUCUGUAUCUGCUAAUCAUUAUUCUCCAAAUACCCAUCAGCACAUAGAUUGGAGAAAUUAUAAAACUUACAAAGAGUAUAUUGAUAACAGACGAUUGCACAUGGGUUGUCGGACAAUUCAAGAAAGACUAGAUAGCUUACGAGCAGCAUCUCAGAGCACAACAGAUUAUAAUCAGGUGGUACCAAACCGCACCACUUUGCAGGUACGACGUCGAAGCACCUCUCAUGACCGAGGGCCUCAGUCUGUCCAGAUCCGGCAACGCAGCGUGUCCCAGGAGCGGCUGGAGGAUUCAGUGUUAAUGAAGUAUUGUCCCAGAAGUGCAUCUCAAGGAGCACUGACAUCUCCAGCUGUUAGUUUUAGUAAUCAUAGAACUCGUUCAUGGGAUUAUAUUGAGGGGCAGGGUGAAACUUUAGAAAAUGUCAGUUCUGAAAAUCAAAUACCUGAUUCAAAUGGAGAGCGAAAACAGACUUAUAAGUGGAGUGGUUUUACUGAACAGGAUGAUAGACGAGGCAUUUAUGAAAGAUCUAGGCAACAAGAAAUUCAUAAACCUUUUCGAGGUUCAAAUUUCACUGUGGCUCCAAGUGUUAAUUCUGAUAAUAGGCGAAUGACCUGCAGAGGACUGGGUUCUGCGUCUCAGUUCAAAAAAAUACCACCGGAUCUAAAACCACCGCAGUCAAACAGAAAUUUUCAAACUACUUGUGGAAUGUCACAGUCUCGAGGUAUUUCACAAGACAGGUCACCUCUUGUGAAAGUCCGAAGUAAUUCUCUGAAAGCGCCUUCUACACAUGUCACAAAACCAUCAUUUAGCCAGAACUCGCUUGUUUCUAUCAAAGACCAAAGACCAGUAAAUCACUUGCAUCAAAACAGUCUAUUGAAUCAACAGACAUGGUUAAGAACCGAGAACGCCCCCAGUCACCAGGUGGAGGCUGGGAAAACCCACUCUCAAUCUGGAAUUUCUGUUAAACCUGUCCCUCUGAUAAGUGAGAAUUCUGGCACUUCAGAUUUAGAAUUAUCUGUCACUCAGAGGAAUCAAGAUAUAAAUUUACAAGAGGCUGAAAUUCAGCAAUCAAAUACUUUGGAUAAUAAAGAUGCUGUCAUCCUAAGAGAAAAACCUCCAUCCGGUCGCCAAACACCGCAGCCACUAAGGCAUCAGUCUUACAUCCUGGCUGUGAAUGACCAGGAGACUGGGUCAGAUACUACCUGCUGGCUGCCCAAUGAUGCGCGGCGCGAGGUCCACAUAAAAAGAAUGGAGGAGAGGAAGGCCUCGAGUACCAGCCCGCCUGGUGACUCCCUGGCUUCCAUCCCAUUUAUCGAUGAACCAACUAGCCCUAGCAUUGACCAUGAUAUCGCCCAUAUCCCCGCUUCUGCUGUCAUCUCUGCCUCCACCUCUCAGGCACCCUCCAUAGCAACAAUUCCUCCUAGCCUCACAACUUCAGCUCCUUUAAUCCGACGUCAGCUUUCCCAUGACCAGGAAUCUGUUGGACCUCCCAGUCUGGAUGCCCAGCCUAACUCAAAGACAGAAAGAUCAAAAUCGUAUGAUGAGGGCCUGGAUGAUUACAGAGAAGAUGCAAAAUUGUCAUUUAAGCACGUAACUAGCCUGAAGGGAAUUAAGAUAAUGGAUAGCCAAAAAUCAUCAGAAGAUUCUGGAUCCAGAAAAGAUUCUUCCUCAGAAAUUUUCAGUGAUGCUGCCAAGGAAGGCUGGCUCCAUUUCCGGCCACUUGUCACUGAUAAGGGCAAGCGAGUUGGUGGGAGCAUUCGGCCAUGGAAACAGAUGUAUGUUGUACUUCGAGGACAUUCACUUUACUUGUACAAAGACAAAAGAGAACAGAUGACUCCGUCGGAAGAAGAACAACCCAUCAGUGUUAACGCUUGCUUAAUAGACAUCUCUUACAGUGAGACCAAGAGGAAAAAUGUGUUUCGACUCACUACAUCAGACUGUGAGUGCUUAUUUCAGGCAGAAGACAGAGAUGAUAUGUUAGCGUGGAUCAAGACCAUCCAGGAGAGCAGUAAUCUAAACGAAGAGGAUACUGGAGUGACAAACAGAGAUCUAAUUAGUCGAAGAAUAAAAGAAUAUAACAGCCUGAUGAGCAGCAAAGCAGAACAGUUGCCAAAAACACCUCGCCAGAGUCUCAGCAUCCGGCAGACUUUGCUUGGUGCUAAAUCAGAGCCAAAGACUCAAAGCCCGCACUCUCCCAAGGAGGAGUCAGAAAGGAGACUGCUCAGUAAAGAUGAUACCAGUCCCCCAAAAGACAAAGGCACGUGGAGAAAAGGCAUCCCAAGUAUUAUGAGAAAGACAUUUGAGAAAAAACCUACCACCACAGGAACCUUCGGUGUCAGACUGGAUGACUGCCCACCAGCUCACACUAAUCGGUAUAUUCCAUUAAUAGUUGACAUAUGUUGCAAAUUAGUUGAAGAAAGAGGUCUUGAAUAUACAGGUAUUUACAGAGUUCCUGGAAAUAAUGCAGCCAUCUCAAGUAUGCAAGAAGAACUCAACAAGGGAAUGGCAGAUAUUGAUAUACAAGAUGAUAAAUGGCGAGAUUUGAAUGUGAUAAGCAGCUUACUAAAAUCCUUCUUCAGGAAACUCCCUGAACCUCUCUUUACAAAUGAUAAAUAUGCCGACUUUAUUGAAGCUAAUCGUAAAGAAGAUCCUCUGGAUCGUCUGAGAACAUUAAAAAGAUUAAUUCACGAUUUGCCUGAACAUCACUAUGAAACACUUAAAUUUCUUUCGGCUCAUCUGAAAACAGUGGCAGAAAAUUCAGAAAAAAAUAAGAUGGAACCAAGAAACCUAGCAAUAGUUUUUGGUCCAACUCUCGUGAGAACAUCAGAAGAUAACAUGACCCACAUGGUCACUCACAUGCCGGACCAGUACAAAAUCGUGGAGACACUCAUCCAGCACCAUGACUGGUUUUUCACAGAAGAAGGUGCUGAAGAACCUCUUACAACAGUACAGGAGGAAAACACAGUAGACUCCCAGCCAGUGCCAAACAUAGAUCAUUUGCUCACCAACAUUGGAAGGACAGGAGUCUCCCCUGGAGACGUAUCAGAUUCAGCUACUAGUGACUCAACUAAAUCUAAGGGUUCUUGGGGAUCUGGAAAAGAUCAAUACAGUAGGGAACUGCUGGUAUCCUCCAUCUUUGCAGCUGCUAGUCGCAAAAGAAAAAAGCCAAAAGAAAAAGCACAACCUAGCAGCUCAGAAGAUGAACUGGACAAUGUAUUCUUAAAGAAAGAAAAUGCAGAGCAGUGUCACAAUGAUAUCAAAGAAGACACCAAAAAAGAAAGCGAAACAUCGGGCAGGAAGCAGCGGACUGUCAUUCCCAAAGAAAAUAAUGCUAAGAAAGACCCCAGUGUGACAAAAGAUGAGAAGGCCUCACUACGGAAGGAGAGCGUGCCCGCGGAGGAGCCCUCCCCGCCACACAACUCAAAACACAAGUCACCAGCUCCGAGCUGUCACUUCUCCACGCUGAAGGAAAGUCCCAAAUCACUGGUGACACUGAAGCCCCCCCACUGUGAAGAAACAGGGUCUGACUCUGGCACUUUGCUUAGCACUUCUUCCCAGGCUUCCCUGGCAAGGUUUUCCACUAAGAAAUCCACCAGUCCAGAAAACAAGCAUAGUGAGUUUUUGGCCAAUGUCGGCACCAUCACCUCAGACUACUCGACAACAUCAUCGACCACGUACCUGACCAGCCUGGACUCCAGCCGCCUGAGCCCCGAAGUGCAGUCUGUGGCUGAGAGCAGAGGGGACGAGGCCGACGACGAGCGGAGCGAGCUCAUCAGCGAAGGGCGGCCUGUGGAAACGGACAGUGAGAAUGACUUUCCCGUGUUCCCCACAGCUUUGGCGUCAGAGAGACUUUUCCGGGGGAAACUGCAAGACAUUACUAAGUCCAGGAGAAAUUCGGAAGGAAGCGAAGUAAGUGGUACUGAGGGCAGCUUAACCCCAAGCUUAGAGAGCCGGAGACAGCUCUUUAGCUCCCAUAAACUGAUCGAAUGUGAUACACUGUCCAGGAAAAAAUCUGCAAGAUUCAAGUCAGACAGUGGAAGUCUGGGAGAAGCCAAGAAUGAGAAAGAAGCACCAUCAAUAAGUAAAGUGUUUGAUGUGAUGAAAAAAGGGAAGUCAACAGGGAGUUUGCUAACACCACCCAGCAGGAGUGAGUCGGAAAAGCAAGAACCCACGUGGAAAACGAAAAUAGCAGAUCGGUUAAAAUUGAGACCCAGGGCACCGGCCGACGAUAUGUUUGGAGUAGGAAGUCAAAAACCCAGUGGCGAGACAGCUAAAAGGAAAAACAUCAAGCGCAGGCAUACGCUGGGAGGGCAGAGAGAUGCCUCUGAAAUCAGUGUUCUGAAUUUUUGGAAAGCUCACGAGCACAGCGGGGAGAGAGAAUCGGAACUUUCAGCUGUGAAUCGGUUAAAACCGAAGUGCUCGGCCCAGGACCUCUCCAUCUCAGACUGGCUGGCGAGGGAGCGCUUACGCACCAGUGCAUCUGACCUCAGCAGAGGAGAGGCCGGAGACCCCAGCCCAGGGAACCCGAGUACGUUCGAAAUAGCCGUGGCGGACACACCUCUGUCUCUUCAGCCUGAUGCAGGCAGUUCUCCCAGGACUGUGGCUUCAACGAAUAGGCCCGUUCUUUCCACACCGCCACAGUCACCUGACCAAAUCAAUGGGGAAACCUUCCAGAACAUGAGCCAAAAUGCUAGUUCUACAGCGAAUGCCCCACCUCAUAAACUGUCUGAAAUCCCGGGCAAUAAAGCACAGUUUCAUCCCUGUCUUUAACCUGGGGGUAGUCCACUGCAGCAAAUAAAAAAAGCUACUGUUACACGUUCCAGUAACUCUGUAAAUAUUUUCUUGUACCAGAAUUGUUAUUAUGCAGCCUUCAUUUGGGCUGGUUUCAUCAUUUUGCACUGUGAAAUAGCUUUACAGUGCAUUACUACAGCCAGAGGAACAUAUAUAUAUAUAUAAAUAUAUUUAAAAUUAUAUUGGAUAGUUGUAUACAAAUAAACAAUGUAUUUGUUGCAACUUACUACAUAGUGUAUACCCAAGAUUACUGAAGAAAUUAGCUGGCAUUAGUAUGCAGCAAAUUUGUUCUUUUGGUUUCAUCACUAACAGAAGUGCCUCAUCAUAAAAAUACAUUUGGUUUUUAGGGUGCCAUAAUUGUUAAAAUUAGAUAACUUACAUUGAAUAAAUGAAGGCAUUUUAUGGGUAACAAAUUUCACUACAUUUACCAGUUUUAACACAGGUGGAUACAGAACUUCAUUCUUUAGUCAUUCCAGUUGAAUCUGAGUUUUAUAUUCAAACUUUUAAUACAGUUUCUGAGUUUUGUGUGACUUGAAUUUUUAAUCUUUCUGUAAAAUACGUAACUUAAAUGAACAUAUUAUAUGUGUAUCUUUUCUUCAGAUACCAGAUUUGAUAUAACUGUUGUAACAUAGCUGUGUAGAUAGUGACCUGAUGAAACUGGCUUCUUUAUCGAGAAGAAUAUAAUUUGCAUGAGGACUUAAUGAAUCCAAACCUGUGUCAUGCCUGUGUGCAUACCCAAUUAAACACUGGAAAUAAAAUUGUUUUCGUGAA